AACACGGAAGAUUUAGUUUCUGUUGAAAGCGGGCUUCGUAUGACAAGAUGUCCUUGCCCCCCAAUAUUAGACCUUAUAUUCCCCGACUUCCAGAUCCAGUAUUCUACCAACGUAACAAGAUUGACUGCAUAUCCCCAGCAAAUUAGUUGGAUUCCUCACUUAGCAGCUGCACCCUACCAGGACCAUUGCUCUUACACAACGAACUAUGAAAAUCAUCCAAGUUUUCAACCAGAAGUAGUAAGAACGCCGGAAAAGAAAAAGGCAGCGCGGAAACCAACUGUUCGACGUAAAUCGAAAGAAUAUUCAGACAAACGAAAAUGUGGCUGCAAAAACCUACUCCCAAAAGAUGACGAAACGAAGAUAUUUUCUCAACCAUUUCCAAAGCUUUGCUGUGGUAAAGACACAGGUAUAGAAUCUGCUGAUAUACCGGGCAUUGAAGAAUUCUUAAAUCUAGAUCUUAGGCCUACAACGCUACCAGAAAGUCCUCAUAAACUAACUAAGAAUUAUCGCAAGAAACAUAACAUCAGCCACGAUAAAAACGACAUGUUUCAAGUUAUGCUACAAAGCUUAAUUUCAAGCGUACAAGACUGUAUACACCCGCGCACACAGAAAAGGAAAUAUAAGAAACGAAAAUCGAGCAACGAAAUUUGUAAACCUACCAAAAGCAAGGAAGAAGGGGAAGUUAUAUAUGAUUCAGAUUUAAAUAUUUCUUUGGAACUUCUGAACGAAUACAGGAAACGUAAAGACCUUACACCAAGAAUGACAGCAAUAUUGCGCCACUAUAGAUUGAAAUAUCGUCGUGCUUUACGUUCAGCAUGUGUCGCUCAAUCCCGUCAGUACAAGGGAAGAAGCACAAACCUCACCACACGAUGUAAUACUGGUGGAAGGUGUUCAAAUAAGUGGCAACAAAUUCAGAAAUACGUUCUAGACGAAACCGUAGUACAAAAACUUCGUGAAAACGAGCAAACACAGAAGCUAAUACGAGUGUUAUGCAGCACACCACAGAGGACACUUCGAUCUACCGAAGCUGAGUUUAAUCAGAUAAGCAAUGACGAUCACGCGAAGGACAAUGAGAAAUCUACUUUCUUUCAAGGUCAAUUAGAUCCAAAUAUAAACGACACAAAACCUACACCACAAGGGUAUAUUCUUGAUGAAGAUAAUUUUGUGUGUCCAGAUAUUGAGGCGACAAUAGGUAACAGUAAUAAUUGUGCAUGGUGGUUAUGAACUAUAGAAUGUCCGCAAUAAAAUAAUCAAUAAAUUUUAGAAAUGUUUUAUUUAUUAGUCUCUGUCCGUUCUGUGAGAAAACACAAUAAAUAAAAAGGAAAAUUAUUUUGCAAUUUUGAACCUGGUCUAAAAUCUGUAAACAUCAGACAUAUGAAUAUUUGACAAACAGGCGCCAAACCUGGGGUGGCAGGGUGGGCAGGCUUACCCCAGGACGUUUUACAAUGUAAUAAUCAGUAAACAUAAAACAACUAAAUACAUGAAAUUCGUUUAACAUGUGCCCACAUGGAUUUAUAAAGAGUUUGGCGCCCCUGUUUACCAUAAUUAAAUAUAAACCGUAUAUCUGUAAA